CCACCACCAUCACACAGUCGUUUUCUGCUUCGAGGUCAACCAGUCGCUCUUCUACUGCAUCCUCCUUAUCAACGACUGUCUCAACAUCUCCAUCGACCACGACCUCUUCGACUUCCACACGCUCUCAAAUGGGAUCCUUUCCAUCCACACCGGUUCCAUCGGUGCCGCCGAAUUCCACAAUGACUUGCGCAAGUCUUUGCUCUACACUCACAUUUCCUCCGGACCUCGCCACCGAUCUGGUGUCUUGCGUUCCAUACGCAGCAAACUCAACGAUAACGAUUGAGGGCGGCCAGAGAGAUGCAACAUGCGGUACCACAGUCACACCGUCCGUUGAUAUCUGCCGAGUCGUGUUGAAUGUCAUUACGAGCAGUGAGUCGCAAACGUACAUGGAAGUCUGGCUACCCGAUGGCGAGACCGAAUGGAAUGGGCGCACCAUGAGCACCGACAAUGGUGGUGUCAACGGAUGCGUCAAGUUUGUCGACAUGAACUACGCUGUAGGCUUGGGAUUUGCUGCCAUCGGAGACAACGCUGGCCACAAUGGAUCGUCCUUUGAUGGAAGCUGGUUCGCGGAGUCGAACGAGCUCAUCCUCGAUUGGGUUUACCGAGCACGCCAUGCUUCUGUACAAGCCGGAAAGUCCAUCGUGCAACAGUUCUACUCGGUACCCGCUGCGUACUCCUACUACAUCGGAUGCUCCGCUGGUGGUGCUCAAGGUCUCAAGUCUGCGCAGGUCUAUCCUAAUGACUUCGAUGGCAUUAUAUCUGGAUCUGCUGCCGCCGACUUCAACCAUCUGCAAGCCUGGUCUGGUCGCUUCGUUCAAUUGACUGGCCUCAACACUACCGAUCCAAAAUUCCUCACCCAGGCAAACUGGAUCACUGUUCAGGCCGCCAUACUCGACCAGUGCGAUGAGUCCAUUGAUGGUGUCGCCGAUGGUAUUCUUGAGGAUCCAACGCAAUGCGCCUUCGACUCUUCCGUGCUCUCUUGCACCAAUAACGCAACCCUUUCCGGCUGCUUGACCGACACACAAGUCAACACCGUCAACGAAGUCUUCACAGCACUCUACGACACUGCCGGCGACCUUCUCUUCCCUGGCCUCCUCUACGGCUCCCAAGUUGACGCCUUCCGCCUCGGUCAGCUGUCCGGCUCUAUCCAAGGAAUUUCCAGCGACUGGUACAGACUUGCUGUCCUCAAAGAUCCAUCCUGGAACCCUCUCGACAUGGACCAAGCCGACUACGCCCUUGCCGACUCUCAAGACCGCGAGCACGGUGGAGUCUCUGGAUGGUCAGGCGACCUCUCGCAGUUCAACGCCGCUGGCGGGAAGCUUCUGAUGUUCCACGGCAUGGCCGACCCGCUUGUCGCUGCGUCCAACUCGCAACGCUACUACCUCAAGGUCGCCCAGACCAUGGGUCUCGACAGUCCUCAGAUGGAUGACUUCCUGCGUUUCUUCCGCAUUUCCGGCAUGGCACAUUGCGGUGUGGGAGGUAUCUCUGGCGCGGGAGCCUGGAUGUUCGGACAGAACAAGAUCGCGAGUGCAGCAUCGACGAAUAUCAUCACUGAGCUGCAGAACUGGGUGGAGAAUGAUUCGGCGCCGGACACCUUGACUGGCACCAAAUUUUGGUGGGAUACACCAAGUUUGGGCAUUCAAUUCGAGAGGAGGCAUUGCAGGUUCCCGUACCGCACAACGUUUGUCGGAGGUGGAGCGGAUCCCAAUUCACUGGACAGCUGGAGCUGUGUGAAGAUUGAUGAUUGGCAGGAGUGCGCUGUCGGUGCGACGCCGAGGUUGUGCAAUGCUGAUGGGUCGUUCAAGUGA